AUCUAGUGUAACUACUAGUUCAUGAGUUCGAAAUCAACCGGCGAGUAUCAGAAGGAUAGUCGCGGUGAGCGGUCGUGCUGCGGUCGCCGAGAACAUCCACGUCGGUCCGGUUCGGAAUUAAAACUACCUGCCACAGGUUUAAUAAGGGAACUGGUUGCUCAAAAUGUUUUUGAUUUGGACAUUUUACAUAUUGGCGGUGGUAUGGUGCAAUAAAAAUGGUCAAUUCAUACUAGCACAAAAUUUAGACAGUUUUGAGCCUUCAGUUAUACAAAGCAAUGGACAAGAUCAUAUUCAAAAACUUUCAGCACCAGUUGACCACGUAGUCCAAAAAAGCCAUGACACUCACAACAUAAGUAUCGUUGGAGAUCAGUUCAUUUUGGAUGGAAAUCCUUUGCACAUAAUCUCAGGAUCGCUGCAUUACUUUAGAGUACCUUCAGUUUAUUGGCGCGAUCGUCUACGGAAAUUUAAAGCAGCUGGGCUGAACACAGUAGCUUCAUACGUAGAAUGGAGCUACCAUGAACCAGAAGAGAGACAAUAUAAAUUCGAGGGUGACCGCGACCUUGUCAAGUUUAUACAAAUAGCGGCCGAAGAAGGACUGCAUUUUUUACUACGUGUCGGACCGUACAUAUGCGCCGAAAGAGACUUGGGUGGUUUACCAUACUGGCUGUUGGGUAAAUACCCAAACAUAAAACUACGUACCACCAAUAAAGAUUUCAUAGAAGAAACUAAGAUAUGGCUGGACAAACUUUUUUCAAAAGUAUCGCCUUUGUUGUACGGUAAUGGCGGGCCCAUAAUUCUGGUCCAGGUGGAGAACGAAUAUGGGAGCUACGACAGUGAUAUGGUAUACAAGAAGAAAUUGCGUGACAUGAUGCAAGAGCACGUGGAAGACAAAGCUCUGCUGUAUACUACGGAUGGGCCGUCACUAGUUCGCGGUGGUAUGAUACCUGACGUGUUAGCCACCAUCGAUUUUGGAAUCGAACCUCAACCUCUGAGACAAUUCGAUACUCUAAAGAGAUACAGACCUUCGCCGGGGCCCCUUAUGAACUCUGAAUUUUACCCCGGCUGGUUAACGCACUGGGGCGAGCGAUUCGCCCAAGCGACUACAGAAGGUGUCGUUAUGACCUUACGAGCAAUGCUUGAAAAGAAAAUCAAUGUUAAUUUCUACGUAUUUUAUGGAGGAUCCAAUUUUGAAUAUACAUCAGGUGCAAACUUUGACGGCACUUAUCAGCCAGACAUCACUUCAUAUGAUUACGACGCUCCGCUAACAGAAGCUGGUGAUCCCACUCCUAAAUAUUACGCUAUCCGGGAUGUAUUAUUACAGUACAAAUUCGCCAAUGCCUCGCUGGACCCACCGCAACCGAGUCCCAAAGGGGCAUACGGAGUUGUCACAGUUAGUCCAAAGCUCAGCAUCCUUUCGGAUAAAGGUCGUUCCAAGUUGGGUAAGAAAUAUAAUGAUGUCGACGUUGGGAUUAUGUUGCCGACGUUCGAAACACUAAGACAACGCGGUGGAUUCGUCCUGUAUGAAACAAAACUCAAAGCAUCAAAUGGAAUGUUAGUGAUCAAUAAACCACGCGAUUUGGUGCUUGUGUUCAUUGACGGUGAACCUCAAGGAUUCAUCAGCAGGAUACACAAAAACUACCGCAUGCGUUUGAGAGCGAAGUCGAAUUCUACUUUGUCAUUGCUCGUUGAGAAUCAGGGACGUAUUAAUUAUGGCGCUCAAUUACACGACCGCAAGGGUAUUCUAAGCGAGGUUACGUAUGAAAACAAAGCUUUGAAUGGAAAGUGGACAGUAACUGGAUAUCCUUUAGAAGAAGUUGAUACCAAUACUGAAGACCCCGUUAUCGCGCCUGGACCAACAUUCUACACCGCCUCAUUCACUUUACCGGAAAACCAGCAACCAUUGGAUACAUAUUUAGAUACCACAGGAUGGGGAAAGGGUUACGUUUGGAUAAACGGGUAUAACCUCGGUCGCUACUGGCCCGGGGUCGGUCCGCAAGUGACGUUGUAUGUGCCGGGCGUUUGGCUGCGAGCGGCUCCAGAGGCCAACCACCUGCAGAUCCUGGACACUAUGGCGGAUGAGGAAAUAAACUGCGAGGUUGGACCACCAUGCAGCCUUAUUCUCGCCGAUGGCACUGUCUUCCAAGGCAGAAGCUUCGGCGCGCAGGUAGCAACUGAGGGUGAAGUGGUAUUCCAGACGGGAAUGGUUGGAUAUCCAGAGUCAUUGACGGAUCCCUCUUAUCAUGCACAACUUUUGGUGCUCACUUAUCCAUUGGUUGGUAAUUACGGCGUACCUGAUGAAAAAGAACGUGAUGAACAUGGAAUUCCGAGGUGGUUUGAGUCGGAGCGUAUAUGGGCUUCUGCGUUGAUAGUUGGUGAAGUUAGCACGCGUGCUUGUCAUUGGCGAGCUAAGCGUUCUCUUGGUAAUUGGCUAUCUGCACACGGUAUCCCAGGACUGUGUGACGUUGACACCCGAUCUUUAACAUAUCGACUUCGAGAAGGCGUUACUCUAGGAAGAAUCGUUCAGGGUGUACCGCCGUUUAACCCUUUACCACCUUUAGCAGAUCCUAACUCCAGGAAUUUAGUUGCAGAAGUAUCCACAAAAGAAGCUAAAAUAUUCAAUCCCAAUGGUGAAGUAACAAUAGUAGCAGUUGAUUGUGGUUUAAAAUAUAACCAGAUAAGAUGUUUGAUAAAGAGAAACGCCAAGGUAAUUCUGGUGCCCUGGAACCAUCGAUUAGAUUGUGCUGAAUACGACGGGCUUUUCAUAAGCAAUGGGCCAGGUGACCCCGAAAUGUGCAAAAAUGUUGUAGAUAAUUUACGAUCAGUUCUUCAAAACAAAGGCAAAAUAAAGCCUAUAUUUGGUAUUUGCCUCGGACAUCAGUUAUUAUCAACUGCAGCUGGUUGUAAAACAUACAAAACUAAAUAUGGCAACCGUGGUCAUAAUUUACCGUGCACUCACAGCGGUACUGGUAGAUGCUUUAUGACAUCACAAAAUCAUGGUUUUGCAGUAGAUACAAAUACGCUACCUGAAGAUUGGAAAGUUCUGUUCACGAAUGAAAACGAUAAAACUAAUGAAGGUAUUAUUCACAAAUCUGAACCAUAUUUCAGUGUACAGUUUCAUCCAGAACACACCGCUGGUCCUACGGACCUAGAAUGUCUCUUUGAUAUAUUUAUAGAAGCGGUGAAAUCUUUCAAGCAAAACGUGCCUUGUGUAAUCAAUGACAUGAUUACCAAAAAUUUAAAGUUUGUGCCAACAAUUCACGAAAGACCCAAAAAGGUUCUGAUUCUAGGGUCUGGCGGCUUGUCUAUAGGUCAAGCAGGUGAAUUUGAUUAUUCAGGUUCACAGGGAGUAAAAGCAAUGCAAGAAGAGAAAAUUCAAACUGUUCUUAUAAAUCCUAACAUUGCAACCGUUCAAACAUCUAAAGGAUUAGCGGAUAAAGUUUAUUUUCUACCCAUCACCCCAGAAUAUGUUGAGCAAGUUAUCAAAGCUGAACGACCAACGGGAAUUUUGCUAACAUUUGGUGGUCAGACAGCUCUGAAUUGUGGGGUAGAGCUACAAAAAUCCAAAAUAUUCGAAAAAUAUAACGUGAAUGUAUUGGGUACUCCAAUUCAGUCAAUAGUAGAUACUGAAGACCGAAAAAUAUUUGCUGAAAAAAUUAAUGCCAUUGGUGAAAAAGUAGCACCCAGUGCGGCAGUGACAUCUGUUGAUGAAGCAUUAGCAGCAGCAAUACAAAUUGGGUAUCCUGUGAUGGCACGGUCGGCAUUUUCUUUGGGUGGUUUGGGUUCUGGUUUUGCAAACAAUGAAGAAGAACUUAGAACAUUAGCUCAUCAAGCAUUGUCGCAUUCAGACCAACUUAUAAUAGACAAGUCACUUAAAGGGUGGAAAGAAGUUGAGUACGAAGUCGUUAGAGAUGCGUAUGAUAAUUGUAUAACUGUUUGCAACAUGGAGAAUGUUGAUCCCUUGGGCAUACAUACAGGUGAAUCUAUUGUCGUCGCACCCAGCCAAACAUUGUCCAACCGAGAAUACUAUAUGCUACGUAAUACCGCUAUAAAAGUGAUAAGACAUUUUGGUAUAGUUGGUGAAUGUAACAUUCAAUAUGCUCUUAACCCAUAUUCAGAAGAAUUUUACAUCAUAGAAGUUAAUGCACGGCUCUCGAGAAGUUCUGCACUUGCUAGCAAAGCGACUGGAUAUCCACUUGCCUACGUUGCUGCGAAAUUAGCACUUGGAAUACCUCUACCAGUUAUUAAAAACUCCGUCACUGGUGUAACCACCGCAUGCUUUGAGCCGAGUUUGGAUUAUUGUGUUGUAAAAAUACCUCGAUGGGACUUGGCAAAAUUCAACAGGGUAAGCACUAAAAUAGGAAGUUCUAUGAAGAGUGUCGGUGAGGUAAUGUCCAUCGGUAGAAGUUUUGAGGAAGCGUUUCAAAAAGCUUUACGUAUGGUAGACGAAAAUGUUAACGGCUUUGACCCUAAUAUUAAAAAGGUAAAUGAAAAUGACCUACGCGAACCAACUGAUAAGCGUAUGUUCGUACUAGCAGCUGCCUUAAAAGAGGAAUAUUCUGUUGAAAAAUUAUACGAACUAACCAAAAUAGAUCGAUGGUUUUUAGAAAAAUUCAAAAACAUCAUAGAUUACUAUAAAACACUUGGUGCCUAUGAUUCUGGAUCUGUUACUUUUGAUAUAUUAAAAAGAGCUAAAAAGAUCGGGUUUUCAGAUAAACAAAUUGCAGCUGCCAUAAAAAGUACUGAAUUAGCUGUAAGAAAGUUAAGAGAAGAAUACAAAAUCACGCCAUUUGUGAAACAGAUAGAUACGGUUGCUGCAGAAUGGCCUGCUUCGACUAAUUAUCUUUACUUGACUUACAAUGGCAAUGCCCAUGAUCUAAAUUUCCCUGGCGAAUAUGUGAUGGUAUUAGGUUCUGGCGUUUACAGGAUUGGAAGUUCUGUAGAAUUUGAUUGGUGUGCGGUAGGUUGUUUGAGGGAACUUCGAAAUCAAGGAAAAAAUACAAUAAUGGUCAAUUAUAAUCCAGAAACUGUCAGUACCGAUUAUGAUAUGAGUGACCGAUUAUAUUUCGAAGAAAUUUCAUUUGAAGUGGUAAUGGAUAUCUACAAUAUUGAACGCCCUAGCGGGGUCAUACUAUCGAUGGGUGGCCAACUACCAAAUAACAUAGCAAUGGAUUUACACAGGCAACAAGCUGUUAUAUUAGGUACAUCUCCAGAUAUGAUCGAUAACGCCGAAAACAGAUUUAAGUUUUCAAGAAUGUUGGAUCGUAAAGGUAUCAUGCAACCGAGAUGGAAAGAACUGACUGAUCUUGAUUCAGCAAUUAGUUUUUGCGAAGAAGUAGGAUACCCAUGUUUAGUACGGCCAUCAUAUGUCUUAAGCGGCGCAGCAAUGAACGUGGCUUAUUCGAACCAAGACUUAGAGGCAUACCUGAAAUCAGCAAGUCAAGUAAGCAAAGACUACCCUGUGGUCAUUUCAAAGUUUAUUAUGGACGCAAAGGAAAUUGAUGUAGAUGUUGUAGCUGCUGAUGGUGUUAUAUUUUGUAUGGCUGUUUCUGAGCAUGUAGAGAACGCUGGUGUUCAUUCUGGGGAUGCAACUUUAGUAACACCGCCCCAAGAUAUAAACAAUGAAACUCUGGAUAAAAUUAAAGAAAUAGCUAGCAUUAUUGCAGAAACGCUAGACGUUAAUGGGCCAUUUAAUAUGCAACUGAUUGCAAAAGACAAUGACUUAAAAGUAAUUGAAUGUAACGUCAGAGUUUCAAGAUCAUUCCCAUUCGUUUCUAAAACAUUGGAUCAUGACUUCGUAGCUACUGCUACUAAGAUUAUCUUAGGUAUACCUGUCGAAGCCGUAAACGUAAUGACUGGCUGUGGAAAAGUCGGAGUCAAAGUACCACAAUUCUCGUUUUCAAGAUUAGCUGGAGCUGACGUUACCCUUGGAGUGGAAAUGGCGUCUACUGGAGAAGUGGCAUGCUUUGGUGAAAACCGAUAUGAAGCAUAUUUGAAGUCACUAAUGAGCACUGGUUUUAGGAUACCCAAAAAGGCUAUUUUGUUAUCUGUAGGCACUUAUAAGCAUAAAAUGGAACUACUACCCAGUGUCCGCAUAUUACAAAGAAUGGGAUACAAGUUAUAUGCCAGCAUGGGUACCGGAGAUUUUUACGCAGAACAUGGAGUUGAGAUUGAAAGUGUCCAGUGGACUUUCGAACACAUUGGUGAUCCAGAAGAUGAUAGAUCUGAUUGUGAACUAAUGCAUUUGGCAGAUUUCAUGGCACGACGUCAACUAGAUUUGGUUAUCAAUCUACCAAUGAGAGGUGGUGCGCGUCGUGUUUCCUCUUUCACUACACAUGGAUAUCGGACUCGUCGAUUGGCAGUUGACUACGCAGUUCCUUUAGUAACUGAUGUUAAAUGUGCCAAACUUCUGGUCCAGGCCAUGCAUCAAUGUGGUGGGGCGCCUCUAAUGAAAACGCACACAGACUGCAUGACGUCACGAAAUAUAAUUAAAUUACCAGGUUUCAUUGACGUGCAUGUCCAUGUGCGUGAACCUGGCGCAACUUAUAAAGAAGACUUUGACACGUGUACAGCAGCGGCUCUCGCCGGCGGCAUUACAAUGAUCUGUGCGAUGCCAAAUACUAACCCGCCAUUGAUUGAUAGGACUGCGUAUGAUUAUACAUCGGCACUAGCACGAGUCAGCGCCCGAUGCGAUUAUGCGUUAUAUCUCGGCGCUUCUUCUACAAAUUGUGAGACAGUAUCUGAAUUAGCUCCACAGGCAGCUGCCUUAAAAAUGUAUCUCAACCAAACUUUCACCACACUACAACUUGACGAUAUGAGCGUCUGGCAACGACAUUUACAAAACUGGCCAAAGAAGAUGCCAGUAUGUGCACACGCAGAAAGAGAAAAGACAGGUGCAGUUAUUUUAAUGGCGUCGCUUCUUGAUCGUCCUAUUCAUAUAUGUCACGUCGCUCGAAAAGAAGAAAUUUUACUUAUUAAAGCUGCUAAAGAAAGAGGACUCAAAGUUACUUGCGAAGUUUGCCCUCAUCACUUAUUUUUAAGUACUGCUGAUAUUGAUCGAAUUGGCAAAGGGCGUGCUGAAGUACGCCCUAUUCUAUGUACCCCUGAAGAUCAAGCAGAAUUAUGGAAAAAUAUAGAUAUUAUUGAUAUUUUUGCUACUGAUCAUGCACCACAUUCCGUUGAAGAGAAAAAUUCUGAAAACCCACCACCUGGCUUCCCUGGCUUAGAAACAAUUUUGCCUUUACUUCUUAACGCUGUACAUGAAGGCCGCUUAACAAUUGAGGAUAUCAUAAAUAAGUUUCACCGUAAUCCUCGGAAAAUAUUUAAUUUACCAGAACAAGCAAAUACUUACGUUGAAGUUGACAUGGAUUAUGAAUGGACAAUUCCAUCAGCUAUGGAAUUUUCUAAAUCAAAAUGGACACCUUUCGCCGGUAUGCAAGUUUGCGGAGCUAUUCAUCGAGUGACCUUACGUGGUGAAAUUGCUUAUGUAGAAGGACAAAUUCUUGUACCUCCGGGAUUUGGUCAAAACGUCCGUGAUUGGCCAGCGCCUAAAAAGCAAAUUUUCACAACGUACCCUAUAGAGAAAAUUGAAAAAGAAAUAAGCCGACCAAACUCCGCACUCGAUUUAAUCGCCCCAACGGAAUACCACAGAAUAAGCGACAUUGAUUUAGAGCAACUUGAAUCAGUGAAGCCAGAUGCCCAAGGUAAACUUAAUGUGCACUUUAACGAGGUCACUGGAAUGAGGAGCAUGUCACCGUUACCGACCCAAACCGUGAGUAGACAAAGAUGUGACAGUUCAUCAAAUUAUAUCCCCGCACAAGUGCCAGUUUCUCAUCGUCAACGAAGCGAUCUCUUUGGUAAGAGCAUACUGACAGUGGAUUCAUUCAGCAAGGACACUCUCAACGAUAUAUUCAACCUUGCUCAAUUCAUGAAGACUAGUGUUAAUAAGGGACGUUAUUUAGACGACAUCUUACGAGGUAAAGUUAUGGCAUCUAUAUUUUACGAAGUGAGCACACGUACAAGUUGCAGUUUUGCAGCUGCUAUGCAGAGACUGGGUGGUUCAGUUAUCCACACAGAUGCCACUAGUUCCUCAGCUAAAAAAGGAGAAACUUUGGAGGAUAGUGUUGCAGUGAUGGCAAGUUAUUCAGACGUAGUCGUGUUGAGGCACCCCGAGCCCGGCGCAGUUGCGCGUGCUUCCCGUCACUGCCGGAAGCCCAUUAUCAAUGCUGGCGACGGUGUUGGGGAACAUCCCACUCAAGCCUUAUUGGACGUUUUCACAAUACGUGAAGAGAUCGGUACCGUAAACGGCCUUACCAUCACGAUGGUGGGCGAUCUAAAAAAUGGUCGGACAGUCCACUCGUUGGCGCGAUUAUUAACGCUGUAUCAGGUUCAACUUCAGUACGUUAGUCCACCAGGUCUGGGCAUGCCUAAACAUAUUAUGGACUUCGUAGCAUCUAAAGGAAUUCCUCAGAGAGUUUAUGAAAACUUGGAAGAUGUAUUGGCUGACACGCAUGUCUUGUAUAUGACGCGAAUUCAACGUGAACGAUUCAAAAGCCAAGAAGACUAUGAAAAGACACGAGGGUUACUGGUGGUGACCCCGCAGCUCAUGACCCGCGCGCGUCGGCGCAUGGUGGUGAUGCAUCCACUGCCUCGAGUUGAUGAGAUCGCGCCCAUGUUCGAUUCAGAUCCGCGUGCCGCAUACUUUAGACAAGCCGAGUACGGCAUGUAUGUGCGAAUGGCUUUAUUGUCUAUGGUCGCUGGAGUUAAUCCACUCGUGUGAUUAUUGUAUUAUAAGCGACCUUACACCCUGUCAUCAAUGCAAAAAAUAUGAUAUCUAGGUUAUUAAUAAAACGUAAUUGAUGUAUUAGAAAAAUAUGUAUUUUCGCAAAACUUUAUUCUGCUAAAAAUAUAUAUACAAUAUUUUACAAUGACUUAAAAAUAGAUAAGCAAAGGUCUGUUUAUGUCAAUUUAUAUUACAAAACAAUAAAAGAAUAUUUUUUUAAAC